UCUCUUUCUCUCUCUCUCUCUCUCUCUUUUGCUUAUCUACUCUCUCUAUCGAAAAAGAUGCAAAGGAACGUCAGCGAUAGUGUUCUUUCAAUGUCUCGUCUAUCGAGCGUGAUGCGUGAUGUAAACACUUUUAUCUCUGAAUUGGACCAACCAUCAUCCUCUCCUCCUCGAAGCCAAUCCUUUCAACAAUUUUCAAAUACAGAGUAUCAGAAGAUCGAGAGGUCAAAUACGACUAAAACCUUAGUGAAUCAUGAACUUACAGAAGAAGCAUGUCCAUCCUUUGCGGAGCCGUCACAAAAAAGAGUACAGCAACCAUGUAUGUCACCAGAGAAUGAUUAUGUCAACAGAUAUUUGAAACACAAGGACGAAAAGACAAUGGUCGAGACACGACCACUGAUGUCAUCGACACUUUCUACUGGAACAUCUGUUUCAACUGUCGUCCCAUCCAAUUACGCUUAUCUCUCUGCGCUAAGUGGAGCGUUUGUGAAAAAGAUUAGAGCCUUGGAAAGUAUUCGAGAGUUAUUUUGCGCAAAUGUGUAUCCUGAGUCAUUUACAGGACAAGAGGCCAUUAAUACACUAUCUAACCUACUGGAUGGGUUACCUGAACCAUAUUGCGUAUGUAUAGCCAAUACGUUAAUGAAAACAAUCCCACCUCUAUUUGAGCCUAUUCAUUAUUCUCAAAAAUCUAUUAUUCAAGGUAGUCUGUAUCCGGAUGAAUACUAUACACUGAAUGAGGACAUGACAGAUGAAAUGCCGCAGGGUAUCUUGACAGGGCUUUUGGGGUGCUAUACGCCUAAUUGUCAUCCUAAUGAAGGGUGUUAUGCGCCUCGAUGUCCUAACCGAUAUCCCCUUGCAUUUCUCGAGCCAUUUGGGAAUCAGGAACUUAAAGCCUCCAAGGGAACUAUCGGCCGAACUCCAUCAAGUAGUAGCCACAUGGAACAAAAGGCAUUAUCUGAGGCAUGGGCCCAGAAUGUGCCGAAAGAGCUGCUAGAGACUCUAUCUAAGCGAGAGAUUGCUCGUCAGGAAGCGAUUAACGAAAUGAUUUACUCCGAACGAGCUUACAGGAAUGAUCUUGAUACUCUGAAUGAUGUGAUCGUACGCCCACUGUUGAAAGACAACAGCAUCAUCCCGUCAAAGCAAAGAAGAGAGGAGUUUGUAAGUGAAGUGUUUGGAAACUAUAGAGAAUUAAGAGAACUCAGUCUCGGACUCUCGAAUGACCUGAUUAGCCUUCAACAGGAGCAAGCUUAUGUACCCAUGAUUGGUGACACUUUGAUUCAACACAUGGCUUAUUUCGAAGGCCCCUACACACGCUAUUGUUCCCGAAUGUCGCUUGCCGAGUACUUGAUCAAACAAGAAUCCAAGGUAAACCCGAGAUUGGCUAUGUUUUUCAUCCAAGUCGAACAGGACAAACGCAUGCGUCGUUUAGCGCUUCGUCACUUUUUGCUCAGUCCUGUCACUCGCAUGCAGCGGUACCCGCUCUUGAUAUCUGCUAUACUCAAAAAGACGGAUACAGAACAUCCCGACUACACCUUCUUGAUAAAAUGUCUCGACAUGAUCAAAUCCGUUGCAUCAAGGUCGGAUCAGAUGGCGGAACACUAUAAACGACGUGUAGAGAUCCUCGAAACGAACGAUGCGUUAGUCUUCAAGCCAGGAAACCCCCAUGUAGACCUAGAAUUAACAGAUCCUCGCCGGAGGUUAUUCUAUCAAGGCAUCAUGAAGCGCCGUAGCUAUGAAAAAUCAGAUAUCUUUUUAUUCGUUUUUGACCAUAUGGUGCUGAUGACCAAGUACAAGUAUAGAGUAUGGAAAAAGCCUAUUCCAAUCCAGAUACUGCACCUGAGUCAGCGAUCAAGUCAGACACCUCCUGUUUCGACAGCGACCUCGAGAUCGCUGAUGCCUGCUGCUAGUAGCAAUAAUAACGUGGCAUCGCCUAACUAUGCACUACUGUAUCCACUGACAAUCUGCCACCUCGGACGUCAUGGAGGGACAUAUAAUUUCCUAUGCAGCUUAGAAGAGAAGCAAAAAUGUAUUCAGGCGAUUGAAGAGGCUAAAUCUUGCUUAAGAAAACGAAUGGGUGAAGAGGUAUGCGAAUUGAUAUCUUUAGAUGACAGCUCCUUCCGAUACUCUGCAACUACAACGCUUCAGGGCAAAGUGUAUUGUACUUUUCCUUUUGUUACCAUCCAUAUGGAAAAGAUUCUACUUGUUGGCACAGAUAAUGGCGUGUAUAUAAAGAGCUAUGAUGGCAUUGUAAGGCGAAUCAUCACAUGUGAAGAAGUAACACAGUUGGCCGUAUUGGAAAGACACCAUAUCUUGCUGAUACUUGCAUCCAAAACAUUGAAAGCGUAUCCAAUAGACUUGCUCAUGUCCAAUAGCAAAUCUCCUGAUAAGCUUGGUCAAACACUGGGGCAACACAUUCACUUUUUCCAGAUCGGUAUGUGCAAUAAUCGGCACCUGGUUGUAUAUAAAAAGAGGAAGAAUACAUCAAGCAUAUUCACCUGCUUAGAGCCAUUGUACGAUUUAAGAGAUAGCAAGAACCAAAAGUACAUCACUCCAAAGACUGGGUUCAAACUUGGAGGUCGAUCGCAUCAUGCAUGGUUUAAGAAAUACAAGGAAUUCUAUGUGGGAGCAGAAGCCAGUCGCAUUCAAUUUCUAAAAUCCAAAAUUUUAAUUGUCUGUGAUCGAGGAUUUGAAGUGAUUGAUCCUGAAAACCUUGCGGUUGGAGGAAGAGAGAUCCCUGAUAGAAUGGAUCCACAAUUCAAUUUUGUGAACCGAGAGACGAUUAAGCCAAUUGCCAUGUAUCGGGUUCAUGAUAAAUUUUUACUUUGUUAUGACAAGUUUGCGUUCUUUGUCAAUAAUCGAAAUGGAUCUCUUGUCUAUCGAGGGCCACAAAAGUUACCACUCCUCUGUGAAUGGGAAGGACAACCAUUAGAUAUAGUAUUUCAGUAUCCUUAUGUGAUUGUUUUUGAUGCUCAGUUUAUUGAGAUUAGACAUGUAGAUACAGGAGAAUUGGUUCAGAUCAUACCUGGAGACCAAAUCAAAUUGACCUACUUUCAAACAGGUGACACAGCUGAGAUUCAUGGCUGCAUGACACAUACGAUAAGAUCGGAUAUUCAACAGUUGUUUUAUUUGAAAUUGAAGGCUUAUCAUCCACGUAAAAUGUUAUAAAUGUGGUUUAUUUGAAAUGUACCAUGCCAUUUGAUUCUCUUUUAAAGUAAAUCCACAUUUUUCAUAAAACGGUAUAUUCUUGGCUGAACAAUCUAAAAUG